AUGUGCAUGCUACCGAAAGGGAUCGAGGAACGCCCGUUCACGGUCAGCGCCGCCGACCAGACGUACAAGCAGACAGAUCGGUUUGUGUUCCUUGGACGUACCAUCUCCGCGGACGGGAAGGCCGACCGGGAGAUCACGAGCCGCAGUUGCCGAGCGUGGAAGUGCUUCGGCCGGAACCGUGCUUCGAUGUACGACAGGUGACGGGCCUACCGUCAGCUCAAGAUCCGGCUACUCCAGGCUGAAGUGGUGGAGACUCUCCCAUAUGGGUGCGGCUCGUGGAGCCUAACAGCGGAGCACUUCACGAAGCUCAAUGGGACCCACCGCCAGUUCCUUACACGGUGCAUCUGCUGGAGCAAGCGGAAACGCUCAGACCGCCCCCUGUGCUAUGCCCAGGCCCUCAUCCAGGCAGGCUGCGAGGAAACCACCAAGGCCACCGUGCGCAAACGGAGACUGUGUU